GCUUCGUUCUCUGCAUUCCAGCACACACACGCAGGCCUGUACUGCUCUUGUACCGCGGUGUGAGCUCACCAUGGACGCCGCCGGGUCCUCCUCGCCGGCGCCGCUGCGCAUCGUGAUCGUCCCGUGGCUGGCGUUCGGCCACCUGCUCCCCUACCUGGAGCUCGCGGAGCGGCUGGCGUCGCGGGGCCACCGCGUGUCCUACGUCUCCACGCCGCGCAACCUGGCGCGCCUCCCGCUCCCGCUGCGCUCCGACGUGGACCUCGUCGCGCUCCCGCUCCCGCGGGUCGAGGGCCUCCCGGACGGCGCCGAGUCCACCAACGACGUCCCGGACGACAAGCGGGAGCUCCACUGGAAGGCCUUCGACGGCCUCGCCGCGCCCUUCGCGGAGUUCCUCGCCGCCGCGUGCGCCGACGCGGCCACGCGGCCCCACUGGAUCGUCGCCGACUCCUUCCACCACUGGGCCGCCGCCUCCGCGGCCGAGCACGGCGUGCCGCUCGCGAUGCUCCUCCCGACCGCCGCUAUGGUCGCCGCCGUGCCCCGCCCGCCGCCGUCGCCAGGGAGCGCCGCCUAUUCUUUCGAGCUGCAGGCGGCCGCAGCCGCACGCGCCGUGCCGCGGUACGAGCGGGAGGGCAUGGCGCUGGUGUUCGCCAACGACGGCGCGUCGUCGGGCAUGUCCAGCCGCCAGCGCAGCGUCCUGACGGCGCAGGGGUGCACGGUCGCGGCCAUCAGGAGCUGCGUGGAGUGGGAGCCCGAGUCGUUCUCACUCGUGGCGCCGCUCCUCGGCAAGCCGGUCCUGGCCCUCGGCCUCCUGCCGCCGCCACCGGACGGAGCCCGCCUCGCCGCAGCGGCAAACAUGGAGCACGCCACCGUGCGGUGGCUGGACGCGCAGCCUCCCGGCUCAGUGCUGUACGUCGCGCUGGGGAGCGAGGUGCCGCUGCGCGCGAACCAGGUGCAUGAGCUGGCUCUCGGACUGGAGCUCGCCGGGACGCGCUUCCUCUGGGCCCUGAGAAAACCCAGCGGCGCCGCCGACGACGACGACAUGCUCCCUCCCGGUUUCCAGGACCGCAACGACGGCCACGGGCUGGUGACCACGGGGUGGGUUCCCCAGAUGAGCAUACUGGCGCACGCCGCCGUGGGCGGGUUCCUGACGCACUGCGGCCGGAACUCGCUCAUCGAGGGGCUCCUGUUCGGGCACCCGCUCGUCAUGCUGCCCAUCUUCGGAGACCAGGGCCCCAACGCGCGCCAGAUGGAGGCCAAGAAGGUGGGGCUGCAGGUGGCGAGAGACGAGGAGGACGGGUCGUUCGACCGCCAUGGCGUCGCCAGCGCGGUCCGGGCCGUCAUGCUGGAGGAAGAGUCCAGGAGGGGCUUCGUCGUGGGCGCAGCGAGGAUGCAGGAGGUCGUCGCCGACGCCGAACGCCAUGAGAGAUACAUCGACGAAUUCGUAGAGCAACUUAGAUCGAUUUCGUACACCGAUGCCACCUCCAGCUCAUAAAAUCAGCCUCUCACAUGUAACUUCACGAAUGAAUAAAGGAUGGAGGAAGGCCCUGAGCUCCAGGCACAAUCUGGCUACCUUGGCCACGAAAGUAUGAAGGCUUCGACCCGACCCGGAGGAAUGGAACCUGGAUGAGCGCGCACCCAUUUACGAAAAGUUUAAAAAAAAAAUACUAAUUAAAAGUUUCAAAAAAAUGUGAAGUAAAAUUUUGCAUGUACAUAUUAUGUUGAUACUUACUCGUGUGAGUUUUCACGAAAAAAUAUCAUUAUGUGUAACCUGCACAAAAAUGACAAAAUGUCCAAAUGAGAAUAGUGAACAGGAAUUUGUACUAUUCACAGGAAUAGGAAUUUGCAUUUU